AUGGCGUGGAUCAACAAUGAUUGCCGCUGGCCCGGGUGCGGACACACGUUCGGGUCGCUGGAUGAUCUGAUCCACCACAUUGAGCACACACACAUCCAGCCCGAGGAGACGCUCGUCGGACUGGGGCUGGACGAGCACAACCUGCCGCCGCCCACCAUCCACAUGUCCUACAUCAACAGGUACUUUUCGCCCCAGGAGCUGAGCGCGCGCAAGCUGCCGCAGCCAGUCGCACUCGCCCCGCCGACGUUCGUCCCGUCCCUGCCGCCGGGCUUUGGUGGCCACCCGGCUGCCGGCGCGCUGCUCCUGCCGCCAUCCGCAGCUGCAUUACAGCAGGCGUCGUCAUUGGGCUCAUCAUUGGCGUCUGCAUCGGGCUCGGGCUCGGCCGCUGCUGCUGCGUUGGGCUCGUCGCAGUCGCAGUCGCUGGCAUCUCAAACCCAAGUCCAGCCGUCAUUGUACCCCUUCUCGUCGCAGGCGCAAUCGCAUCAGAGCGCUGCAAGCAUUGGAGCCGGAUCGUCAGGAUUGCUGCGUGGUGCUGGCUCGUCCUCCUUGGUGUCGUCGUCGUCGGCAAGUACGUCUGGAUCGCUGCUGGCUGGACUGGCAACCAGCCCGACCAAGCUGACAGAUGCGUUGCUCGGGCGCCAGCACCAGCAACACCAACAGCAACAGCACCAGCAGCAUCUUCAGUCGAGUAAUGCUCUGGGUGGGCUUGAUGCGGACUUUGGGUUGCUUCACGGCACAAACGGGUUGAACGGCUCGUCCGCCUCGAGCUCGCUGCUGAACUUGCCAAUGCUGUCCGUGCCAAUGAUGUCGUCCGCAUUCUCGCAGGGAGCACUCCAGCAAAGCGCAUCUAAUAUUAGUGCCAACGCAAUGGCAUUAUCUGCCUUGGCGGGAUCCGUUCCGAACGGGAAAGGCGCGGCCAACACUGGCGCCGGCCGAAAAUUCCCAAACAAGCUCGCCUCACAACAGGCACAACAGGUACAACAGCAGCAACAGCAACAACAACAACAGCAACAACAACAACAACAACAACAACAACAAUUGCUUUUGCAAACGCCGUCGCCGAGUAUGUCGCAGCGUGCAUCGCCAAACCCAUCAGGAGCGCCUGGUAGCAGGAAUAACAAACGCACGCUCAGCACGGCGAGCAAAAGCAGUGUUAAUACGUUCGACCCGGAGCUCGAAAACGAGCACCUUGUCGUCGACGACGCUCCUUCAGACGACGACGAGCUCGGCGAUCCAGAGGACUUUGAUCUCGGCGAAGAGGAGGAGGACGAGGACGGCAACGAUUCCGACGACUCGGAGCUUCCGACAACGCCUGCUGUGGGACAGCUGGUGCGAACAAGAUCGGGUCGUCAAGCCGGACGCAGUAGCAAGCACAGUGAUGACUUGGGUGGUGGGUCUGGCGGCGCAGCUGGCCCGCUCAGCAAGGAAGCGCAUCGGCUCGCCAACGAAUUUAUUCUCAACCACGUUCGCGUCGUCGACGGCGCCGAGAAAAAGUACGUGUGUCUUGUGGCGGACUGCGGCAAGCGCUACAAGAACCUCAACGGCAUCAAGUACCACGCAUUGCAUGGACACAAGCUACAGAUGAAAUCCACCAAGCGGCAAUUCACCUGCGCCCACCCGGGAUGCGGAAAACAAUACACAAAUAGCUCUGGGUUGAAAACGCACAUGCAGAUGCGUGGCCACCGCGCCCCUGGGCACGGGUACCACCAGUCUUCCUCCUCGGCCUCGUCCUCGACGCUCAACAGUCCAUACCCAUCCGGCGGUCAUGGAUCGCGGCUUCUCGGACAAAGUCACAGCUACUCUGCCUUUAACUCGGCGGCUGCGUCCACUAGCACGUCUAUUAUGGGUUCGCCCACUUCCUCCCAGGCUUCCGACAUGUCUUCGCCUCCUUGACGGGUGCAGGGGGAACGAGGGUUUCAUCAACAGGGGAAAAACGGCAAACACAAACAAGUCACGGCGGCGCUGGAGGGAAAAAGAGUCCUAGAUUUCGAGUGAUGACCGUCAUUGGAAUUGUACCAUGUUGGUUGAUUGUUGGGUUGCUACAUCUUUGUGUUGACUAUAAUAGAGACUUAGACCCGCUGAGCAUACAGUAACUUCAUGUUGAUGUUGCUGGUUGAACGAAAC